UUCUAUUUUUUAACGGUUACUAUGGCUACUGUAGGUUAUGGAGACAUCUCUCCAUAAAACACACUUGAAGUUUUAUUCACUACGAUUACAAUUUUUGUAACGUGUGUUGUUUAUGCUUUUAGUUUAAACACAAUAGGUGGAAUUAUAGAGAAUAUAGAGAAAAAAGACAAAAAAUAUAAAGAAAAUUUACAAAUAAUUCAUGGAUUAAUGAGAGAAGAGGAAAUUUCAAGAGAACUCAAAAUCGAAGUUUCAAACUACAUUGAAUAUCUCUACAAAAAAUCUAAUGAAACAAGAAAGAAACAAGAAAAGCUGAUAAUUGAAAAACUUUCUAUGAAAUUAAAAAAUGAUCUGAUUUUAGAAAUUUAAGGAAAAUAUUUGAGUAACAUUCCAUUAUUUAAAUAGCUAAAAGAGAAAGAUAAAAUUGCUAAAAUUAUGUAAGAACAACUCUAUUCACCUGCUGAAACUAUUUUUACUUAAGGAGAUUUAGAUGAUUGCUCGCUUUAUUAUAUAGUCAAAGGAAGUGUUUCUAUCAUUUUUGAGCCUGAUCAAAAUUCUAAUAGAGAAGCAAAAUAAAUUUAGCUUAAAGAGAAGAAAGAAUACUUUGGGGAAAUCUCAUUUAUAACUGGAAGUCCAAGAAAAUUUACUGCUAAGGCUGCUGAUUUUUGCAAAAUAUAUAAGAUUAAUAGAGAAUAAUUUUUAUCAGUUAUAAAGGAGCUCGAUCAAGAUUUUGAAAAUUUUUAAAUGAUGAAAGAAGCAAUCACUCUCAAUAAUAAUUUUUAAUUUUGUUCUAUAUAUUGUUCAACAUGCAAAUCUGGGAAGCAUUACUCUAUUGAUUGCCCAUCUACCCAUCUGACAUUUACUACACGCUUUAUCAUCUCAAGGUAUAACGUUUCUUCUCCAUAAGAACGGGCUCCUUACCAUAGGAAAAAACCCAAAAUUGAUUAUACUUAACAAUUAAGUUAACUUUAAAGCAAAGCUUUUGAAAUUAGUAAUCGAGAGUCUUUAUUUGAAAUGAUAGAUGAUAUAGAGAAUGGAGAUAAUUGUAAUGAAUAAUUGGAAGAUGAAACUAAUUUAUAAUAAGAUUGUCUAAGCGAAUAUGACAGAGGAAAAUAAUAUAUAGAUGAAAAUCCUUCUUUUAAUUUUAUUCUAGAUUAAAAUGAAAAUAUAAAUGGCUAAAUUAAUAAAGCUUAACAUAAUUUAGAAGACCCCCAAGGGAAAACAACAUUUUAAAUGAAUAUGAAAAGUAGACAUUCAUUGUAUACAGGUAAAUAAUAAAGCUAAAAACUGAGCAAUUAAUUAAGUAAAAACUAAACAUCUUAAAUAAUUUCUUCACAAGAUCCAAAAUCUCAGUCUUAAGAUUCAAUAUCAUCUCAUUCUUCUGAUGAAGAUUCUGACUCUGAUUCUCUACCUGAUAAAUAAAAAACAAGUCAAAAAGAGUAUUCCUAACAAAAGAAAUAAUCUUACAUUUCUAAUUAAUAAGAUGAAAAAUAAAUUAAAACUGAAAUAACAAACGAACCCUUGUAGUUAAAGAAAAAUUCUAUUAUUUACCAAAAUAGAGACUCAAUAAAUUUAAAUUUGCUUAAAUAUUAGUUAAUAACUGAUAUUAGCUAUCAACCUUAAUAGUAUGAUCCAAGAUAAGAUAAAAAUAGUUAAAGAGAAAAGAGUAAUACUUUUUAAGAUCAUAAGAUAAUAAUAAGCCAAAUUGAUUAACUAGGAAGAAGAAAAGUUAGUCAAAUAGAACAUUUUAUCAAUCAACCUUAAAAUCAUUUACAAUCGUAAUCAGAAUAAUAGACUGCUAAAAAGAAUAGCUUUUAAGCUAGCACAGAUAAUUUAAAAUAAAUUUAGUAGGUAUCUCCAAAAAAUAGCUUAAAAAUACAUUAAUAGAAAAUUCCAAGAACAAGCUUGAAAUCACUUGGCCGUUAAAUUUCAACAAACACAAAUUAAGGCAGUAUAAAGUAAGGUUCUCGUAUACUAUUAAGGUAAAAUACAAUUUAAGAUUUUUAAAAACUUGAAAAAAAAGUUAAUGAACCAACAGAAUCUAUAGAUCAAAUAAAUUACUUAAUGCUACAAAUAUUUGAUAAGGCUAAGAUAUUUAAGUACUACUUACCUCAUUUUAAUUACCCUUAAGUGGUUUAAAAAUGGGUUUUAUAAUAAUAGAAAAAAUAAAAAAAAUAAUUCAUAUCUAUGAAAACAACUUUCAAAAACAAGAGAAGCUAAUUUAAAAAAUUAUAAACUCAAAUGUGA